AUGGCUAAAAGAAAAAAUAAACCGUUGAUAGAUUCCGAUUCCAGCAGCGAGUGUUCUGAUAUGGACUCCCAAUUCCUGAACUUGGCCAAGAAAAAGAAGAAAACUGAUGAUUCUCCACCUCCAUCGAAGUCCCAGGGUAAAUCUUCAGAUAGUGAAUCCGACUAUGAUGAUGAUGAUGACAAGAAAAAUAAUUCAAAAUCCUCAUCAUCAAGCGGCUCAGACUCUGAAAGUGAUGCCAGAAGCGACACGUCGAAGAAGAAAUCUCCCGCCAGGAGUAAUAGAAGGUCUUCUUCUGAUCACUCAGAAGAUAACAGAAAGAAACCUGAGCCCAAGAAGGCUGAGAUCAGACGGAGUACAGAUAGUACAGGAUCUGGAAAGAAGGAGACUUAUAGUGAGCCGGAAGAAGGUGAAGUGUCGUCACAUUCAUCAGACAACGACUCCAUUGACUCGGAAGAAGAAUUUGAUGAUGGGUAUGAUGAAAAUCUCAUGGGUGAUGAAGAGGACAGGGCGCGGUUGGCCGCCAUGUCCGAGAAGGAGAGAGAACAGGAGAUCUUCAAACGUAUUGAGAGAAGAGAUCUCAUGAAAACGAGGUGGGAGAUAGAGCGCAAGCUGCGGCUGGCGCGUCGCUCGGCGGCGGAGCGCUGUGCGUCGCCGGGCGAGCUGCAGCGCCGCCGAGACGCGCGCCGACGCCGCCGCGCCGCACGCGACCUGCGCCGCCGCGAGCGGGACCACGAGCGGGAGCGGGAGCGGGCCCAGCCCACUGAAACUGAAGCAGAGAGACCCGAACCAAAAGAACCAGAAAAGGAACAAGAACAGCCACCGCCAAGCCCUGGAGAAAUCAUGGAGGAUCCAAAAGAUACUGACCCAGAAAGAUCAGCGUCGCCGCUGUUCGGCGCGGCCAAGACUGAGCGCAAGCGCAACGUGGACGACAAGCGACAGAACGCCAUGGCCGCGCUCCGGGCCCAGCGCGACGCCAAGGCCACUAGGGUCGAGCACAUCAAGCAGAAGCGGAAACUUGAGGAACAGAAGAAAGAGGAACAGGACGAUCCAGAUACAGAAAUCAUAGGCGGUUCAAGCAAACAGAGUGUGAAGUUGAAGGCGUCAGAUAUUUAUUCUGAUGAUUCAGGGUCGGAUUCUGAAGACAAUAAAUCAACAGGUCGCCGCAGCUCUUCUUCAUCUUCCUCGUCCGGUGGUGAAGAAGAAGAGAAGGAACGGAAAAGAGAAGAAGUCGAGAUCAAAUAUGCAGACUCGAAGGACCAGAUAAAUAAACUUAGGCUUAGCAGAUUUAAAUUGGAGCGUCUCGUACACUUGCCUUUCUUCGCGCGAGUCGUCAAUGGGUGUUUCGUUAGAAUCGGCAUAGGGAAUAAUAAUGGCAACCCUGUUUAUCGGGUAGCAGAAAUUAUAGAUGUUUAUGAAACGGCAAAAGUAUAUAAUUUAGGCAAUACUAGGACAAACAAAGGAUUAAAAUUACGACACGGGACACAAGACAGAGUAUUCAGAUUGGAGUUUGUUAGCAAUCAGGACUUCACAGAAAGCGAAUUCCAGAAAUGGCACAAAGCCAUCAAGGACGCUGGAAAAAGGCCGCCCACCAUGGACUUUGUUAGGAGUAAAAUAACAGAAGUCAAAGAAGCGCUAAUGUACGAAUUUAAGGAAGAAGAUGUAGAAAAAAUUGUAGCUGAAAAAGAGAGAUUCAGAUCGUAUCCCACCAAUUAUGCCAUGAAGAAAACGCAAUUAAUGAAAGAAAGAGAUGUGGCGCAAUUAAGAGGUGAUGAUGAAACUGUAAUUGAACUGAACGCCAAGAUCCAAGAGCUGGAGGAGCGAGCCAACCAGCUAGACAAGACGAGGACAUCUUCUAUACAGAGUAUAUCUUAUAUCAACAAUAGAAAUAGGAAGCUGAAUGUGGAGACAGCUGAAAAAGCCAUUAUGGAAGAGGUGAAAGCAAUGAAGGGUAAAAAAGCCGAUGAUCCCUUCACGAGACGCCAUACUAAACCUGUGAUGAACUUCAAGUCUCAGAAAGCCAGUGAGGCAAUUAGCCGGGAAGAGGAAGUUGAAGAAGAGAAGUUAAGAGAAGAACAAGAGAAAGCUGCAGCAGAAAAGGAGAGAGAAAGACUGGCACAAGAGCAACAAUUACAACAAGACGCAGAGAAGGCGAAACGAGAGCGAACCUCUGCGAACGACACCGCCAGCUUGUAUUCACUACACGAUUUCGAUAUCAAUAUAGAAUUGGAUCUGCCUAUUGCAAAAACAGUAUCGACACAACCGAAGCAGCUCACGACAAAGGUGAGAGAGACGGGCCCCAAACGGUCCCUCAACUUAGACGAGUACAAGAAACGGCACGGCCUCAUAUGA